CUCACUCUUGUCAGUUUAACGGUUUAAAAUCCCCGCGACCGGUUACUCGACGGUUACACACUAGCGAAUGUGAUGGCUCAGCACUUUUUUGGAAGUUCAGGCUCCAUGACAUUGCAGUCAACACCCAAAUCUGCUCUUCACCAUACAUCAGCAAAGGUGCCAGAUGAUGGUCUAAACUCAACUGGUGGAACUCUGUCGUUUGUAACUCUGGAUGACAGCAGUGAUCUGCAAAAUGAUGAUUCAGGAAUUGGUGUUUCAAAAACUUCAUCUAGAAGUUCACCAGCCAACAAUACAGCGGAAGAUGUUGCCAUAUUGCCUCCAAACAAUUCACCAAUAGAUGAGAUUGGAAAGAAAGCACAUGACCUUAUUGAGAGAAUCAAUGAGAGACGAGCCUUGGACCAACAUGUGAUGACCAGCUUUGAGGAACAACUCAUUAAAAAGGUGACCGAGAUGUGUCAGCAGGUGAAGGAUCAGAUGUUUAAGUAUUAUGAAGAGCACAGUCAGGGCAUAGAGAGCAGCAUCACUGAGCUGUCGGAGGUGCUAGAGAGAAGCAGUCAGCUGAGUAUGGAGCUUCAGGGAGCCAGUCAAACCCUGGCCAUCAUCAAUAAAGGCCUGCAGCACGGCACAGAGCAGUAGACAGGGUACACUCCUUUCAUUUCUGAGUAACUUUAUGACAGAGAUGGCACCUUGUUCGAUUAAUGCCAUUUAACUUGAGUAACUUUUAAUGGUUAAUAAUUAAAUGUGUUUUCUUACAUUAGUAUGUUAAAGAAUGUUUGUAUGCAUGUGCUAAAUAUUUCUUUUACAACAUUACAAGGUUUAUCUGAAGGCUUUUUAACUAUCAUUCCUGCAAUUGUGUUUGGGUAUUAUUUGUUAUUCAAUACCUAAGGUUUGAGCUUCCUCAACUGUAGUUAUUGAAAACUCAUUCAAUUGGUUGACAAUUCUCUUUAUGGUGCUCUCAGUUCCCAAAUAAGCUGCUCUAGAUAAAUAUAAAUGGCAAGAUAUGAUGACACCAUUAUAAAAUGAGGAUUUCAUAACAGCCCUGGAACCUUUUGGUGCCAUCCAUGUAACGAAAAGCAAAGCGGAAACUGUUUAGAGUCUUUUACAUUUUAUUCACCUGCAGUAAAUGUUUGUUGAAAACAGACUAAACACUUUUGUUGUGUUUUUUUAUAAUAAACCAUUUUAAGGCUGCACAAUAUCGGCAUAAUUAGACAUUGCAAUAUUUUUUUUCUAUGAAUUUUACCAGAUGGAUUAAAUACCUCUGUUCGGACAAUUCAUUUAGAUUGAUUGGGAUGUUUAUGUAGUGGAGUGAAUCAAGUUAUACAAUAUAUAUUUUUUUAAUUUACAAGCAUUUAUAAAUGCAAUAAAGCAAAGAAAAACAA